CGGGCUAUAAAGGGGGCCCGCGGGCUCCUGGACUCCACCACACCUUCCACCUAACAGACGGCUCCCUUGCAUCUUCCUUGGGAACUGCAGCCCCAGCUCGGCCUGAAAUGGACCCCAACUGCUCCUGCGCCCCUGGUGGCUCGUGCGCCUGCGCUGGCUCCUGCACGUGCAAAGAGUGCAAGUGCACGUCCUGCAAGAAGAGCUGCUGCUCCUGCUGCCCCUCGGGCUGCGCCAAGUGCGCCCAAGGCUGCAUCUGCAAAGGGGCAUCGAACAAGUGCAGCUGCUGCGCCUAAUGCCGGGGAGCCCAGCUCCCAGAUGUAAAGAGAAGGGCGUGUACAAAAACCUGGCUUUUUUCUUCAUAUUGCCCUUUCCCAUUUGCUAUGUUUCUUUUUUAAAUGAAAUAUGUGAGCGAUAAUAAAAGUCAUUGACUUGA